UCCCCCACCAGGGGAUUUGCAUGUUGUUCCCGAGGGAGGACCUUCCCCUGCAAGUGUGAGAUAAAAGCUCAGCUCCAGUCGUGCUCUGACUUAUCAGGACUCAUCAAUUCCAGCUUCUGAAAAUGGGUUUGCCUGCUCAGCUCUUGGGCCUCCUCAUGCUCUGGGUCCCAGGAUCCAAUGGGGAUAUUGUGCUGACCCAGACUCCACUCUCCCUGUCUGUCAUCCCUGGAGACCCGGCCUCCAUCUCCUGCAGAUCCAGUCAGAGCCUCCAAGAUAGUGACGGAGACACUUACUUGAAUUGGUACCUGCAGAAACCAGGCCAGUCUCCACAGCUUCUGAUCUAUGGAGCUUCCAACCGGGCCUCUGGGGUCCCAGACAGGUUCACUGGCAGUGGGUCAGGGACAGAUUUCACACUAAAAAUCAGCAGGGUGGAGGCUGAGGACGCUGGAGUUUAUUACUGCCAGCAAGACAUGGAAGAUCUCUCACUCACUGUGGCUUAUACGUUCGGCCAGGGGACCAAGGUGGAAAUCAAACGCUCUGAUGCUCAGCCAUCUGUCUUCCUCUUCCAACCAUCCAAACAGCAGUUAGAGACCGGAAAUGCCUCUGUCGUGUGCUUAGUGAAUGGCUUUUACCCCAAAACUAUCAAAGUCAGUUGGAAAGUGGAUGGAGUUGUCCAAGACAGCAACAUCCAGGAGAGUUUCACUGAGCAGGACCGCAAGGACAGCACAUACAGCCUCAGCAGCACCCUGACGCUGUCCAGCUCCGCGUACCAAAGCCAUAGUCUCUAUACCUGCGAGGUCAGUCACCAGUCCCUGGCCUCCGCCCUGGUCAAGAGCUUCAAUAAGAACGACUGUUAGAGCGAGAGGCCUGCAGGCUCGUCCAUCACCUGGGCUGGGUCCCAGCCCCCUUCCUCGCCUCUUCAGGCCUCGGGCCCUUUUCCCUAUUGCAAUCCUCCAGCCCAUCUCCCCACCUCACCGUCCUCCCCCUCUUUGGCUUUAAUCAUGCUAAUGUUGGGGGGAAAAUGAAUAAAUAAAGUGAAUCUUUGCACCUGUGA